UGACAAAUGAAGGUUACUGCUUAGUAACUCACUUCACCCGGUUGUCUAGGUCCGCAGACACUCGUCCCUGCGUGGACUGAGGUUGACAACACUGACGUAACCCCGGCAAAUCAUUGAUUGUUUUUCUGCGACUUUCUCGAGCAGCUUUCUUGGAAGAAGGAAAAGCGCUACAGCCGCUCACUCACUGUCAAGUCAGAGGGGCUAUUGGCUAAUCUCCAACAUUCAAACUGUCAAUCAAGAUGAAAGGGCUAUAUAAAGCCAGAGUCCCCGUAGUUAGACAGUGUUGGGAUAUGGGAUAGAACAGUCUGAGCAUAUAGGCAGUUGUAGACACGAGAUCCAGUCGUUCUGUUGGUUGACGCACGCACUGUUUUGGCAUUGGCGCUCCAUGUCAGCUAUUAUCACUGCAUUUUCGUACUGUUCCUAUUAUGACGAAGACGUAUGUGUCUCGUACUUCUGAUAUUAAAACUGGAUUGAUAAGAAUUUUGUCGUAGAGGGGUAGUGGUAUGGAGAACACUUAGACAUCCAUCUGGCAUGAGCCACGCACUUUGGGAAGGUGUGGAUUGUCUAUGUGGCUACUCUAAUUCUAUUCUCAGCAAAAGGCAUCUUUAUACCUAACAAAGUCGUAAUGGAUUUAAAAAAUGUCGGAAACGCGGUGCUUUUCACGUUCCACAUCAUCUUCUGCAUAUUGAAAGCAUGCUUUGGGUUGUUGCUCCCGAGCAGACGGAAAGACCUUCGCGGAGAGGUGGUAUUGAUCACCGGCGGUGGACGGGGCAUCGGUCGGCAUUUGGGGAAAGAGUUUGCAAAACAUGGAGCAAAAAAGUUGAUCCUGUGGGGCCGCACUGAGAGGUGUCUGAUGGAGACCUGCGAGGAGAUCUCUCUCACCACCGGAGCCGAGUGCCAUUACUUCCUGUGUGACGUGGCCAAUCGGGAGGAGGUGUACAAGCAGGCCAAGGUGGUCCGAGAGAAGGUGGGCGACGUCACCAUUCUAGUGAAUAACGCUGCAGUGGUUCAUGGGAAGAGUCUGAUGGCCAGUGACGAUGAUGCUCUGAUGAAGACUCAACACAUCAACACGCUGGGCCAGUUCUGGACCACCAAAGCCUUCCUACCCCGCAUGCUAGAGCUUUGCCAUGGCCAUGUGGUGUGUAUCAACUCCAUCCUGUCCCUGUCCUCCAUCCCGGGGGCCAUAGAUUAUUGCACCUCCAAGGCCUCGUCCCUGGCAUUCAUGGAGAGCCUCACCCUGGGCCUGCUGGACUGCCCUGGGGUGGGCUGCACCACCGUGCUCCCCUUCCACACCAACACUGACAUGUUCCAGGGCAUGAGAGUCAGGUUCCCUCAGCUCUUCCCCCCGCUAAAUCCUGAGCUGGUGGCCCAGCGGACGGUGGCCGCAGUCCGGACCAACACUCCGUUCAUCUACUUACCUUGGACCAUGCAUGCUCUCGUUAUUCUCAAGAGCUUCCUGCCCCAGGCAGCUCUGGAGGAGAUCCAGCGUUUCUCAGGGUGCUACACCUGCAUGGACACCUUCAAGGGACGUACAUAAAGAACGGAGAGGCUACACACGAGUAGUGAGCAUCAGAAGCAUGAACAUUGUGGCUUGGCACUAAGAACCGCACAACAGCUUCCUAUCAAAUGAGUGGAAGUAUCUCCAAGACAACAGAGGCCUUAGGAACUAUGGGUACUUGGGGUCACAGUGCCCUGAUGGUGCAAGAAGAGACUUGCUGUGGUGUUUGGGUUGGCAGAUUGGGUGGCCCCAAACUGAUUUCUAUGCUGCUUGGAGUUGGUUGGUGUUUCCUCCAAAGCCUUUCAGUUUGGGAUCAUGGACUAAGCACCAGAUGGACUGGUAUUCAGAACUGAUCAAGCCUUACCACUGUGGUAAACUUCGCAUCUGUCUUACUAAUGAUACCAUUACUAAUUUGAAAAUGCACAGAGAUUAGGUUGAAUGGAUUGUACUCAGUAUGUUAAUAAAUGAGUAACUUCUGGUAGUUGCAUUUCAUUUGCGACUUCUUGGAGUUUUUGUGUUUAAA